AUGAACAAGAUCACGUCCAACGAGCUUAAUUGUCUAGUCACUCACGAGGGUUCACCAGAGGCCUCACAACUGCUUGGACACCUACUUUCUGAAAUAUUCCAGCCUUUCACAGAACCUCUUCUGGAUACAUCACCAGAUAUCCCCAUGCCACUGUAUGACACUGAAGCAAAGACUUGGAAUUGGGCUCUUCCAGUUGACCCACCUGGAGAUGAUGAUAGCAGCCUUCCGAGUCAGGUCAAGUCAUCGGAGAGCAACAAUCCACAGGAAGCAACCCACAAAGAAAUUUUUGCAGCAUUUCUCAAUGCUCUGCCAUGCACUUUGCAACUAGCUCAUGGAGUCUUGAUGUAUGAUCACUCUGGUGGUGCUGUGUCCCCUCGCUUCUAUAUCUACACACAACCUGACAUAUUAUUGCAUAUCAUCGCAGCUAUUACUUUUGGGAGUCUGGAGUGUGUUGGCUAUGAUCCCACUGUUUCCUUCUCGAGGACUGUUGCAGCACCCCGAAGCAAAGAUAUCUGCAUCUAUUGUCCCAUCAAAAAUGCUUCUGCCCGAUGUACUACGACAGAUAAUGCUGUUGCUGUAUCCACCUCCAAUUCUCUUUUAUUUCCCGAGGAUCCCAAUGGAGUGUCCAGCGAUGCUCUUAAAUAG